CAACAGGGUUAGGCAGCGGUGCAGCGACGGCAGCCACCAAAGUAGGGGCUGAAGGGGAAGAGGAAGCAGGCUCAAACGGCGGCUGGGACCUUGGAGGAGCCGGGAAACGGCCCACUGCAGAGAUGAAGGGAGAAGCUGGAAGUACGCUACAUAAUGAGAAGCCCAAGCAGGAGGGACACAUCUGGGGCUCCAUGAGGAGGACGGCUUUCACCCUGGGUUCUGGCCUUCUCUUGCUUGUGGCCUUCUGGAACUCAGUGACGUGGCAUCUUCAGAGAUUUUGGGGUGCUUCUGGCUACUUUUGGCAAGCCCAAUGGGAGAGGCUGCUGUCUACAUUCGAAGGAAAGGAAUGGAUCCUCUACAUUUUAGGUGCCACCCAAGUGCCCACUCUGCUCUUCUGGAGCUUCAGUGGGCUUCUACUGGUGGUUGACACAACCGGAAAACCUAACUUCAUCUCCCGCUACCGAAUUCAGCUUGGCAAGAACGAACCAGUGGACCCCGUGAAACUACGCCAGUCUAUCCGCACAGUUCUCUUCAACCAGUACUUGAUCUCUUUCCCCGUGCUGGUCUUCCUCUAUCCCAUCCUCAAGUUGUGGGGAGACCCCUGCCGCCGAGAGCUCCCUACCUUCCACUGGUUCCUCCUGGAGCUGGCCCUCUUCACUCUGAUUGAGGAAGUCAUGUUCUACUACUCACACCGGAUCCUUCACCACCCAAGAUUCUACAAGAAAAUCCACAAGAAACACCAUGAGUGGACAGCUCCCAUUGGCGUGAUUGCUCUCUAUGCCCACCCUAUUGAGCAUGUGGCCUCCAACAUGCUGCCAGCGAUGGUGGGUCCCAUAGUAAUGGGCUCCCACUUGUCCUCCAUGACCAUGUGGUUUUCCUUGGCCCUCAUCAUCACCAUCAUCUCUCACUGUGGCUACCAUCUACCCUUCUUGCCUUCACCUGAAUUCCAUGACUAUCACCAUCUCAAGUUCAACCAGUGCUAUGGGGUGCUGGGGGUGCUGGACCACCUCCAUGGGACUGACACCGUGUUUAAGCAGACCAAGUCCUACGAGAGACACAUCCUCCUGCUGGGCUUCACUCCACUCUCUGAGAGCAUCCCUGACCCCCCGAAGAAGACUGAGUGAGAGAGGGCCCAAGUGCCACCCUGGCUGUCCCCUCAGCAGGGGACUGCUAAGGUGGCCUGAGGCCUCCUGAUCGCACCUCAUAACUUGCUCCUUCAGCUAUGCUCUCUCUAAUGAUGGCCCCAUGAGGGCAGAGGGAAGGUCAGCUUCCUAGCAAAGCAGGGCCAAGGAUGGGAUUGGGCUCCCCCAGUUGCCCCUGUUGUCCCUCAUGGGGACCAGGAGUUGGCUUAAGGAAGGGGAAAAAACAGCUCCCCAGAAUGGCCAGUCAGAGGGAAGAAAACACUUUGAGGGGGCUCCUGGCAAGUCCUCUGCUGUGGAAGGGGUGAGAGACCCCAGAUGACUCCUUUGUGGCCUAGGCAAGACGUAGAGAAUGACAAAGGUGGCAGCAAGACUGGAGGCUCUAUCUGGGAGAGCUCCUUCUGGUGUCCGGGGUUGGGGGAACCAGAAGACAUCACUUUGCCCCUUUCUGUCCCAAAAAGCUUUUCUCAUACUCUAUUCAGGUCAGGGCCAGGACACUCUGGCAGUGGUUACGGGGUCAAUUCCCUAUUACCCCCAACACACACACACACGCACGCACGCACACACAUACACACUGAGUCAGUGACAAAGGCCCCAUUUCAACUCUGCCCCACUGCAAACAAACAUCAUCCCUCUCUGAAAAGAAAAAUACCGAUCACAGAAGCUCCUCCCUGGAUUAGAACUGAGAUACCAGCGAGGUGCAGACCAAGCCCCAGUACCUUCAGCCAUACAUGGAAAGCAAAGGCCAAGCCCUGUGGACUUGCUGAGCUGGGGGUCCUUUU